UAGGUCGGAGCCGCCGUAGCCCGGGUCGGUCUAGCACGCCUAGCACGUCCCUUGUUAGAGCCUUAGCGCUUUCAAAUUUGGCACAUUCUUUUUUUUAAAUUUACAAAUACACACGAGUAGCCUGCCUUGCCUUACUGCAACCACCCGAACGUCAUUUAAAACACAAUUCCAAACACCCAGCAGACUCCUGAAAAGAUGGCGGUGGUUAGCGGGAUGUCGGGGCCGGCUGUAGCCCGGCUCGAGGGCCGAGAAUUCGAGUAUUUGAUGAAGAAAAGGUCGCUGACCAUAGGCCGGAACUCCUCGCAGGGCUCCGUGGACGUCAGCAUGGGACACUCGAGCUUCAUUUCCAGGCGGCACCUGGAGAUUUUCACGGCGGGUGAAGAUGGCACUUGCACGGGGGAAUUCUACCUCCGAUGCCUGGGGAAAAACGGGGUGUUUGUGGAUGGGGUGUUCCAGAGAAGAGGGGCUCCACCUCUGCAGCUUCCACGAAUAUGUUGCUUCCGAUUCCCCAGCACAAGUAUAAAAAUCACUUUCACAGCACUUUCUGCUGAAAAAAAGGAACCAAGGAGUGUGCCGGAAUCACCGGUCAAGUCUGUGCAACCUCAAAUAUCCCCACUUACCAUCAACAUUCCGGACAAUAUAGCCCAUCUUAUGAGCCCACUGCCUUCACCCACAGGCACCCUCAGUGCGGCAAACUCCUGCCCUUCAAGCCCGAGGGGGGCGGGACUGUCUAGCUAUCGAAACAAUCGACUUCUGGCCUCAGACCUUAUAGCAGAUAACUCCCAUUCUGAAAACGACAAGGAAGCCUCUGGGGAAGACAGCCCAAAGGAUGACGCCAAACCACCGUAUUCAUAUGCACAGUUGAUAGUCCAAGCAAUUACCAUGGCCCCAGAUAAACAGCUGACAUUGAAUGGAAUAUACACCCACAUCACCAAGAAUUACCCCUACUACAGAACGGCUGAUAAAGGCUGGCAGAACUCAAUCCGCCACAACUUGUCUCUGAACCGGUACUUCAUCAAAGUAGCACGAUCUCAGGAGGAGCCAGGGAAAGGCUCCUUCUGGAGGAUAGACCCUGCUUCUGAAGGCAAGCUCAUGGAACAAGCCUUCAGGAAACGUAGGCCCAGGGGUGUUCCCUGCUUCAGAACUCCCGUAGGGCCCCUCUCUUCCAGGAGUGCUCCUGCUUCUCCCAACCACACGGGGGCACUCUCUGCUCACUCCAGUGGUGUGCAAACCCCCGAUAGCCUCUCCAGAGAGGGGUCCCCAGUCCCUAUGGAGCCCGAGCCAACUCUUCCACCGGCCCCCUCCCAUGUUGCCACCCUACAGCCCAAACUUGCUGUCAUCCAAGAGGCUCGCUUUGCACAAAACUCCCCUGGUUCUCCUCUGAGUAACCAGCCGGUAUUGAUCGCCGUACAACGCCAGAUACCUCAGACGACCAUGAAGCCAGUGACCUACGCCAUGGCAACACCGGCCAUUGUAACAACAGUUAGCCCCACGCCCAGCAUGCAGACUGUGCACGUUGUCCACCAGAUCCCAGCCGUCACCAUGACAGCUGGUACACUAAAGACAGACCCUCAGGAGAAUGGAAGAGGAGACCAUCAAGAGAUUAAAGUGAAAAUGGAGUCGGUGACAUCUAUUACUACCUCGUCGAAAGGCGGAGUCAGUCGCAUCAUCCAAAGCUCUCAGGCCACUCCCAUGGCCACAGUAACCAUCAUGCAACAGACUCCGCUUGGCCAGCACCAGCUUCCUAUAAAGGCCAUCACACAGAAUGGGACUCACCUGGUUUCUAUCAAUUCCACGGCUGGCACAGCUGUUGCAAACCCUCUCCACCUUCUGGCCACACACGCUUCCGCCUCGGCAUCCCUCCCUACCAAGAGGCAAAACGGUGAGCUGCAGGAGCCACCGGCUCCAAAGAGGGCGAAGACGCAGGAGGGCAACAAGGAGGAGUCUUCAACUGCCAAUGGUAACAGAGGCUGUGCUGCAGACGGCGCUGGAGAAGAGGCAGUCAGUGAAGCUGUAGGGAACAAGUAACCCGCCUUUUCUCUCCAACUGCAUCCUGAGCCCUGCCUCCCUCUACACAUUGACCCCCUCGGCCUUCACACUCUUGACAUUUUCACCUUCACUGAUUUUCAUCUACUCCAAGGUGCCAAAAAAGACAACAGAUUACUGGAGAAUUGCCUUUUUUCUUUUAUGUGGAACUAAAAAACCCAACAAUUCCCCUUGAAGCACAGAAAAAGAAGAACUAUUGAAAUAAAAAAAAUCCAGAUGAA